AUGGCAAGAACAGCACCCGCUAUUGGUAUUGACUUGGGAACCACCUUCUCAUGUUUGGGGGUGUUCAAAAAUGGUAAAGUGGAAAUUAUUGCCAAUGACAUGGGUAACCGAACCACUCCUUCCUAUGUCUCUUUCAAUGACUCGGAGCGAAUGGUCGGAGAGGCUGCUAAAAACCAAGCGGCGAUGAAUCCGACGAACACAGUUUUCGACACCCACCGUCUAAUUGGCCGAAAGUUCUCAGAGGGAACUGUUCAAAGAGACAUCAAGCUCUGGCCUUUCAAGGUGCUAAACAACAACGGCAAGCCACAAAUCGAAGUUGAGUAUAAAGCCGAGACGAAAAAAUUCUACGCCGAAGAAAUCAGCUCGAUGGUAUUGAUGAAAAUGAAGGAAACAGCCGAGGCAUACUUGGGAGCACCAGUAAAAGAUGCAGUGAUUACAGUUCCAACUUUUUUUAACAACGCCCAGAGAGCCGCGAUCAAAGACGCCGGAGCUAUUGCUGGACUGAAUUUCUUGAGAAUCAUCAAUGCAACAACAGCAGCUGCUUUGGCGUAUGGUCUGUACAAGAAGACGGAUAGUGAAAGCAAUGUCUUGAUUUUUGACUUGGGAGGAGGGAAUUCCAACGUUUCAAUUCUAACAGCUCAACACGGAGUAUGGGAAGUCAAAACUACAGCCGGUGACACUCAUUUGGGUGGCGAAGAUUUUGACAACCGUCUCGUGGAACAUCUAUACCUGGAGUUCAAGAAAAAGUUCAAACAUGAUCCCUCGCAGAAUAAAAAAUCUUUGAUGAGACUCAGAAUUGCUGCUGAGAAUGCCAAGAGAACCCUGUCAUCCAGUGCCCAAGCCACAAUCGAGAUUGACUCUUUGUACCAAGGGAUCGACUUCUACAGCACCAUCACCAGAUCUCGAUUCGAAGACUUGUGCAACAAUCUUUUCCGAAGAACUUUGGAACCAGUGACUAGAGCUCUUAGAGAUGCUCAAUUGAGCAAAAGUGACAUUCAUGAAGUGGUGUUGGUCGGAGGUUCAACCAGGAUUCCAAAGAUCAGGAAACUUCUAGAAGAAUUCUUCAAUGGCAAACAGCUGAACUGCUCAAUCAAUCCAGAUGAAGCAGUUGCUUAUGGCGCUGCAGUUCAAGCUGCUGUUCUGACGAGCGUCAAAGAGGAAGCGAUCAAUGGCAUUCUUCUGAUCGACGUUGUACCUCUGUCGCUUGGAAUCGAAACUGCCGGAGGAACAAUGGCGAAAAUUGUCAAGAGAAACACGAAAGUUCCAACCCUGCCCAUUCCAACCCUGAACAUAACUACUUCUACCCAUAAUCAACCAGAAGUCACGGUUCAGGUUUUUGAGGGAGAAGGAGAAACGAUCAAGGAUAACAAUCUGCUGGGAUCUUUCACUUUGCAAGGAAUUCGACCUGCGCCUCGGGGAGUCCCGCAGAUCGAGGUGUCUUUCUACGUUGAUUCAAACUACAUGCUGACUGUCACUGCUGACUCUAAUUGGUGUACUGGAGUUAAGGUUACGAACGUCCAAAAUCGACUGAGUCAGCAGGACAUCGAUCGAAUGGUUGCCGAUGCCGAGAAAUUCAAGGCCGAAGACGACGCUAUGGGGGGCUUGAAUGGAGCAUCCCGAGAGCAGAGCGGGUCAACUCUUGAGAAUGUUGACUAA